AUGCAGUUGGCAAGAAGGUUAGCAGUCGAGGGACCACAGUUGCUGGCGAGAAGUCUUUCCUCGUCACAUUCACUGGAGGAUGGUUCCUUCAAUUACGUUCUCCCGUGGUCUCAACACACAAAGCCUUUUUCAGAGAGGGAGUCGUUUUUAAACAGGACCGUGGGUCUCUUCUUUCUGCGCAGGAUAGCCGGUUCCCACGGCUACUCCUUCAGCGUCUCAGAGUUCAUGGAAGGCGUGAGAGAGGCCGUUUUCUCCCUGGCCGCUGUCGUCUCUUCCCCUGAUAAACAGAACUCGCUUCAAACCAUUCUUCACCCGCGGUUGUUCGAGCGUGUGAGAUAUUCCCUAGACCAAUUCCCUGAAGGUGCCCGCAUGCACCUGGACGUGGAGUCAAUACGUCAGCUCCAAUUGAGCUCUGUUAACUCAGUAUUAGGGGCCACGGAACCCGGCGAUGAGCACAUCUUUGACUGGCUGGGUCAGCGGGUGAUUGCUAGUAGGAGUGAGCUGCGAGCCAUGGAUGAAAUAGACGCAAAAUUCACAUUUCAAUCAGGGAGGGAACUGGCGGUGGAGGCGGCCAGCACGCACAUGGAGUUUCAACUGGGGGUUAGUUUCAAGACCAAAGAGAAGUUUGGCGUGUUGGAUCGUAGUGGGGAGUUGGUGGAGGGCUCCAACCAGUUCAGAGACUGUUACCACAUGUGGAGAUUCUGUUCCACUGUGGAAUGGAGUGGCGACAUCGACUACCCUUUCUCCUGGACCAUUCUGGACAUCAACAACUACCUAUCACAGCACGACAGAUGA